CACUCACACACACACACUCUCUCGUGUGUGUGUGACGGUGACUCGUGUGCCGGAGUGCCACUGGCGCCGGCUCGUUGUUUGGUCUUCUUAAGCUGAUCAACCCCUUGCUAUUGAGCCCCCCUUGACCCUGCGUGACCCUGCUUCACGUGUUCGCGUCAGCGCCUCGAUUUUCGAUUGCGGUGCUGUGUCCUGACGAGCCAUCACAAUGGUUGGGCGUCGUGGAGGCUCGUUGCCCGGGGGUCGGCGCGGUGGUAGCCAGUAUCAGAUCAACUUUGCGCGCAUGGCCUUGCUUGGCGCUCUCUGCUUGAUCGGGUACCUGGGCUAUUCUUCCAUGUCCUACUCGAGCAGCCUGUCCGAGGCCGAGGCCGAGAACCGCGUCCUCCAGCAACGCUUGGAAGUUCUCAGCCAAGAAAAGGAUCGUCUCACCACUGAUCUCGAGCACAGCCGGAGUCAAAACGGUGUCCUUCAGAACCGAAUCAAUCAGGUUGACGGGGAGCUACAAAGCAAAAGUAGCUCUCUGCAAAAUAUGGAGCAAAGAAUCAAAGAACAAUCGGCUGAACUGGCCCAGCGUACACACCAACUAACAGCUUUAAAGGAAGCUGAGCAAGAUAUGGAACAAGCUCAACAGCAAGCCAGCCGUGAACGUAAGGACCUGCAAGCAGAGCUCGAGACUGUGCGUAGUGAAAAGGAGCGCGAAAGUAGUCGAGCACGCGAUGCCGAAGCGGAGAAGGAGCGACUGGAGCAGCGUAUUCGAGCGCUUGACGAGCGCGUUCGCAACGCAGAGACAGAUGGGCAGAGCGCAAAACAGAGCGGCGAGGCGCUGCAUCAAGAGUUGGAGCAGCUCAAGUUGGACAACACAAAGCUAACCCAAGAGCUUGAAGCUGCUCGUGAGGCUGCCCGUGCAGCGGCCCAGGCCGCCCAAGCUCAUGCUCAGGACGAGCCGAAACCCCCCGCGCCCCCGGCACCCGCAGCGCCCGGUCAGGCCGCAUUGCCGAAUGCGGACGCUGAAGACGCGGGCAAGGCGGCCCCGCCUGCCCCGCCUGCCCCACACCACAAUGAGAAUGCGGCCGAAGAGGAGGAAUCCUUUGCCGAUCCAGGACCUGCAGACGACGACUUUGAAGGCGAAAUGAAUAAACGUGACGCCCACGUUGAGGACAACGCUGGUAACGCGGUCCAAGUCGAUGGCGACGUGGCGCAACCAGAGGCGGAACUUCUUGCUGAUGAGAAGAAAGAGGUUGAAUCCAUGGGCGAUGUCGAAGCACCCGAUGCCAACGGUGAAGACUUGAAGGAUUUGAUUGAUGAUGACGACGAUGCCAGAGCGCAUGACGAAGUGGCCGAGGUGGAUGCAGAACCUGCCGAAGGUGAAGGUCAACAGCAGGAAGAGCAGCAGGAAGAGCAGCAGGAAGAGCAGCAGGAAGAGCAGCAGGAACAACAGCAGGAACAACAGCAGGAACAACAGCAGGAACAACAGCAGGAACAGCAGCAGGAACAACCCCAGGAACAACCCCAGGAACAGCAGCAGGAACAGCAACAGGAACAACCCCAGGAACAGGAACAACAACAACUUGACAGGGAGGGUGUGCCUGCUGACCAUGAGGUUGUCGCUCGCCGCGAAGUUGUGGGCGAUCACUUUGAUGCCCAGGCUGACAACGCCCAGUUUGGGGCUGUUGCGGAUGUUCCAGCCGGAGAGGGUCGGCCUGAAUCGCAUGUGGCUGAUCAGAUUGAGCCCGCUCCAGUCGAAGAGCAAGGCGGAGAAGCAGCAGCUCAGGAUGCCGAGGCUGAUUUGAGUCAAGAUGAUCAUGAGGAGGAGGGUGAUGACGCGCCAAGCUUCAAGGAGGACGACGAUGAAAUCAAUGAAGAAGAGGAAGAAUCCUUUGUGGCCGAGCUGCAAGAGAACCCGGUGCCAGCUGAAGGGGAUCAAGCCCAGCCUGACCAGGAAAAUGAAGCCAUGCUGGAGGCACUGCCAUAGAGGCUUGUUUCAGAUGCAUUUUGCUGCGAUGCAAUGCCGUAGUGAGUGGCGUCAUGAGUGUCUCUAGUCGCCAGUCGAAUUGAGCGGAUGGGAGUUGAA